UCUAUCUUUUCUGAGAUCAACAGCUGGCCAGUGAUGGUCACUACUGAACAUCUGAAUAAUAAACCUGAUCAUCAGCAAGAAUAAUCUAAUAUAAAAAUGAUGGCCUGCUGUAUAACGCCACCAUCUCCUGCUAACGACCACGUGAGGGCGCAGUUCUGCGCAUGCGCGUUUAAGCUCCGUGCGUCAACUUGUCAGGUCCAGUGUUGUUUCAGCGGUAUUGGGGCAAACUAGCAAAUAUCAAGUAGACGCAGUAUUAAAACACGAAGUCAUGGGCAAGUCAAUUUUCUCUUUGCCAAGUCAAAAAUGUGAGAGCCAGGAGAAGCUGGCAUCCGAUGAUCAUCAUUCCCAUCAAUCAUCAGAAGAGGAGGAUAAAAAUGAUAUCUCUCAGUUCCCUUAUGUUGAGUUCACAGGAAGGGACAGUGUCACCUGUCCCACGUGUCAAGGAACAGGAAGAAUACCAAGAGAACAAGAAAAUCAGCUUGUUGCCUUGAUACCAUACAGCGACCAAAGACUGAGACCAAGACGAACUAAGCUGUAUGUUAGCUUGUCAGUGGUGUUGUGUCUCCUGCUUUCUGGCCUGGCUGUGUUUUUCCUCUUCCCCCGCACCAUUGAUGUCGCCUACGUUGGUGUGAAAUCUACAUAUGUCCAGUUUGAUACACAGCAUCGAAUCAUCUAUCUGAACAUUACAAACACUCUGAACAUUACUAAUAACAACUACUAUCCAGUACAAGUGGCAAACAUCACAGCGCAGGUGCAGUUCUAUAAAACAGUGAUCGGAAAGUCAUUUGUGAGCAAUUUGACAAGCGUGAUGCCCCUAGACAUGCAGCAGGUUGAUUUCUCCGUUUCCACAGUCAUAGCCAAUGAGAUGAGCUACAUAUAUGACUUUUGUACCAUGCAGUCCAUAAAAGUGCACAACAUUGUAGUCAUCUUGCAGAUGACCGUCACCACUGUGUACUUUGGCCACGCUGAACAGGUCUCUCAGGAGAGUUACCUUUACGUGGACUGCGGCACAAACUCCACCAGUCUCAAGGGACACAUGACAGUGAUAGAGUGACGCUUUAGAGCUUAAACCCCAGCUGGAAGAUAGCAGAGUUUUUCUGAGCAGUUUCUGGUGCUGUGCAUGCUCAUGUCAGGAAGAUGCCAAAGCCAGAAUUCUCUCCGACGUAUUUAUGAAUGACUUUUGUAGAUAGUUUAAAUUGCAGAUGAAGUUGUUCUCACUUAUGACCGCAGUGAUUUGUUGGUCCACUGUGGUUCUCACGUCGUUGCAUACCUCACUUUGCCCAGGAAGAGUUUAAGAUGGAAAAGGAACAUAACCACACAUGAGCAUUACUCGCUGUGUAUAAGUCACAUAGAGCCUGGAGAGUUUUAUGAACCACUGAUUUUUUUUUUCCGUUAUAAGCUAGAUAGAUUUUAUGUCUAGACAGAAACUUAUGAAAUCUAACCUGUUUUUUUUUUUUUUUAUAUACAUUUUGCAAAUAUUUAUUUAAUAGAUAAAUGGGAAAUUUAAAAAAGCAGUGUUCUCAAUCAUAUGGGGGGAUGUGGGGGCUCUUAGACAUGCAAACCAGAUGGAAAAAAAUAUAUAUAAAAAGUUCUGAUAAGUUGCUGUAAAUAUUAUUAAUUUAAAUGUGCAAGCUAAACUAUUAAGUGAAGCUGGGAUUUUUUUUUUUAAAUAAUCAUUAUAAAAUGAAUCGAAGAAAAUAUACAUUCACCUUGACAUAUUUGACAAAAAAGUCUCAAUUUCAAUCAACAUUUUUUAAGCAUCAUUACAUUUUUUGUCUGAUGUGAAAUUAAAAGAAUGUUCUAUUUAAAAAAAGCAGUGUUUUUAAUAUAUAUUUGACUCUUUAGUCAGUUAGUGUAUUACAGAUAAUUAUAUUUAUUUGUAUUCUAAAAUAUAGUUUGAUAAUAUUAAAAACUGUUUAAACUGUUUUUUUUUUUUCUGCCUUCUCCUCUUGUUAUGGCUAAUCAUCAUAGAUAUAGCAUUUCCCAACAUUUGAUUAAAACAGCACUACAGGUGUGAAAAGUACAUGCUAUUUUUUCUUACUGGUUGUGUCAACAGGAUAUGUUUUUGGUUUUGUUCUAGUUUGCAGAAUUAGACUGUCAUGAUAAUUAGUGCAGGAACCCACAAUAGACAGUGCAAGUAUUAAAGAGUGCAUCAGGAUCAGACUGUGCAGCAAGAUAUCACACAGUGGAGAAUAGACACUGCAUAUUAAAGCUAUUCGAGUGGAAAUGAGCUGAAGAAAGAGGCCUUAUAUUUGACUAUGUUGCAGUUUUAUGUAACACGUGUGUUUGGGUUAAUAUGGGAUCUAUUACUGAUAUUGUGAAUUUCAUUCUAGGUGGAAGUGAGAUUUCUGUGUGCAUUCUUCAUCCCUUUAUUCACUCUUGUCUUUAUCCAGCUGUAAAAAUGGAUAAUCUUGACUGUAAUUAAAUUGAAGGAUUGGGGUAGAAAA